AUGGAAUUUUCCUAUUGGGUGUUAUUAUUAACAUUAUGCACCCAUAUACGAUCGGAAUAUAUUCCUCCGGGACCAAGGUAUCAAUGUCCGAAAAACAAAGCGCAAUUAUAUCCAUGCGUAUGUGCAAAACCUGGAGAAAGAGGAGUGACGAUCGUUUGCGAAAAUACAAAUUUGGCAAGUUUAAGCGUCGGACUUAAAAAUUUUGCUAAUGAAAAUUUACUCAUUGAAAAAUUAUAUUUUUCUAAAUGUAACAUAGGAAGAUUAUACGGGGAUGUUUUACACAAUCUUAAAAUCCGAGUAUUCGAAGUCGUCGAUACGCCAUUAACGAUUAUCGAAGAUCAUUUUUUUUUAGGCGUUAACAAAACACUACAAGAACUUUAUUUAUUCGAUACGAAUUUUGAAAAAUAUCCAACAGAAUCAUUACAGAUUUUAGGUAAUUUAACGAUUUUAAACAUUCGCGGACAUUUUAUAAAAAAUUUAAAUUCGAAUACUUUUUCAUCGUCUCUAAUGAAAAACACGUUGGAAAGAUUACACGUGACAAAUGGCAAAAUAACUGAAUUACCAUCGGAUAUGUUUACCGGUUUGAAAAAAUUAAAAACUUUAGAUUUUCACAUGAAUAAUAUAAAGGAAUUAAAAAGGAAUCAAUUCAAAGGUUUAAGAGAUUUAGAAGUUUUGGAUUUAAGUUAUAAUAAUUUGACCAAAAUUGACGCCUCUCACAUGUCAGAUCUUAACAAACUCGGAUGGUUUAACGCAUCGAAUAAUGCAGUCAAAGAACUCACAAGGGGAGCAUUUGCUCGUAACACAGUAUUAAAAUAUCUUAAUUUUAAUAAUAAUCUUAUAAAAAAAUUAGAUUCUAAUUCGUUUCGAGGUAUGCGUUUUAUACGAAGACUUUUAUUUCGCGACAACGAAAUAUCGGAUGUGGGUAGGGGUACUUUCGGAUCCGUAACUCGUAUAGGUACUAUCGAUUUAUCGAAGAAUAAAAUAACAAAAAUCGAUUAUCAAAUGUUUUAUCAAUUGAAUUACGUUGAAAUAAUCGACGUGUCGGAAAAUUUAAUUACCGAAAUACAAAAAUUAGCAUUUAAAGAUUUAUAUUUGGUUACGAUAAACGUUUCCCAUAAUUUGAUAAACAACAUAGAAGGCGGUGCUUUUGAAAAUUGCGCAAAUAUAACACUUUUGGAUUUGAGUCACAAUAAAAUAUCAGAAAUCCCUAAAACUGCUUUUGAUAGUACCACCUACGCCACCCACUUGGAUCUAAGUUAUAAUAAUUUAACAUCGCUUAAUCAGGUACCACUUCAAAACAUGACGGGAUUGAAAAUAUUUAACGUGUCUUAUAAUCAAUUGAAAACAAUACCGAAAAAUACUUUUCCGAAAUUAUACGAAUUGCAUACGAUUGACGUGAGUCACAACGUCAUAAAAGAUGUUUUCAAUGGCGUCUUUCAGGUUUUGUUAGGUUUGAGAUAUUUAAAUUUAAGUCACAAUAAAUUGGAAUCGUUAAAAAGUUCUGUUUUCGGUGCACUACCGACUCUACUACAACUCGACAUAAGUAAUAAUAAAUUAAAAGAUAUAAGUCGAGGAGCUUUGACGAGAAUGGCAAGCGUGAGACAAUUAAACGCUCGUAAUAAUGAACUAACAAAAAUAUUUCAAAUCCCGAUAUCCCUAUCGGAAUUGGAUAUAUCCUGGAACAAAUUGGAAAAAAUCCCGGCAUCACACGAAACAUGGCCGACGAUGAAUUCAUUACUUUCGUUGGAUUUAAGUUAUAAUUUAUUACAAGAUAAUUUAGAAAAAGGAAGUUUCGAGGGUUUGUUAACAUUACAAAAGUUAAAUUUAAGUUAUAACGAUAUUAAUAAUCCACCAUGGUCAAGUUUGGGGGAUUUAUCAUCAUUGCAAUAUUUACAACUUCAAGGAAAUAAUAUGACGACGUUAGAAAAAAGUGCUUUCGGACGACUUCCGGUUGUUUUUGAAUUAAAUUUAUCUGGUAAUAAAAUAUCGAACGUGUCUCAAAGAGCUUUCGAUGGUCUUCUACAACUUCUUAAAUUAGAUUUGAGUCAUAAUAAUUUAACAAUCAUACCCAACGGUGCAUUUCAAGGUUUAGUAUCUUUAAGAGAAUUAGAUUUGUCGUACAAUCGUAUAGAAAAAUUAGACAACAAAACUCACGGACUUUUAGACGAUUUUUUAUCACUCGAAAAGGUAAAUUUAAGUCACAAUAAAAUAUCUUUCCUCACUAGAAAAUCAUUUCCCAGUAGUCCCUACAUUCCAUAUCAUUUAAGAAUCAUUGAUUUGAGUUAUAAUUCACUUCCGGUUAUAACGUACGAUCUAACGUAUGGGACUAAAGAUGUUGAAUUAACGGAUUUUCCACCCAAUUAUUUCGGUCCCCCGGAAAAUCUCACCGAAUUAUAUUUAUCGAAUAAUAAAUUAUACGUUUUACCAUUGAAAGAAUUAUCGAAAUUAAAAUCGAAAAUACGUCACGUGGAUUUAAAAAAUAACGAAUUGAGUGAAUUUUAUCCCGAGCUCAUGAUGCUAUUAAAUAACGGAACUUCAUUUCAAUAUUCAGGGAAUCCCCUUCAGUGUACCUGUCAAACACGACCUUUAAAUAGGUGGAUACGAAAUCAAGUCGACGUUCCAAAAGAAUGGAAAACCGUUAAAUGUUCCGGACCUGAACCUUUACAAGAUCAAACGUUUUACCUACUGAAAGAAUCAACUUUAACAUGCCAAAGAGAUGACGAUAACAAUGAUCAUAAUUAUAAUUAUUACGACGAAGAUGAAGAAAAUAAUAAUAAUAAUAAUAAAUUAAUAAACGAAGAAUAUGAAAUAAAUCCCGAUAUUAAAUUUCGACAAUUUGAAUUGUGA